AUGGGAACCUCAUCAAUGAAAUGGAGGCACUUGCCUCCACUCAUUUAUGCAUUAGCAUUUUGCUUUAUUGCUAUCAAUGUUGCUUCUGACGAUGACACUCCUUAUUAUGGAGGCCGCAACUCUCUCUACCACCCAGCUCCACAGGCGGCGCCACCCACACAUGAACAUGAACAUGAACCUCACCCACCAUAUCUCUAUAAAUCUCCUCCUCCUCCAUCUUCAUACAUUUACAAGUCUCCACCACCACCUUCUCCGUCGCCACCUCCUCCCUAUUAUUUUAACUCUCCACCCCGAACAUCACUUUCACCACCACCUCCAUAUUUCUACAAGUCUCCUCCACCACCAUCCCCAUCACCACCACCUCCUUAUAUCUAUAAGUCACCACCACCUCCAUCUCCAUCACCACCACCGCCAUAUGUCUACAAGUCUCCACCUCCACCUUCUCCGUCACCUCCUCCACCAUAUAUUCAAAAGUCUCCACCGCCACCUUCACCUUCACCUCCUCUUCCUUACAUUUACAACUCUUCACCGCCUCCACCAAAGCAAGCUUAUCUCUACACUUCACCUCCACCUCCUAAGUAUUAA